AUGGAAACGUUAUCGGUAGGUUGUAAAUCCCAUCUGGACAUAAGUGAUAAUAAACGGAAGUUAAUGAACAGUGGAAUAUAUACACCCGACAGCAAUUCUGAUUCUCCAAACCCGAAAUCAGAUAACAGCUCUAGUGACGAGUCCAAAUCACUCUCGAAUUCAAAUUCAAUUUCGUUUUGCAAUUGGGCAGACGAAGAGAUUAGUUUACUUGAAAAUCAAAUAAAGAAUGAUCUCACAUUAGACACACUAACUUCAAGAUUUCCUAGCAAGCCACUUGCAUUGAUUAUAAAAAGAAUUCAGGAACUAAAACCUACUCUCGAUUGGACAAAAAACGAAAUAUAUUUAUUAGCUGGAAUAAUAUUAAAUGAUUCAAGUUCUGUCGCAAAGGAUCAUAAAGACAAGUUUCCGUGCCGUAGUCUUUCCAAUUUAAAUAAAAAAUUUCAAUACUACAAAAGUAUGAUACGAAGGUUAAAUGGAAUAGAUCAUUUUUCUAAAUGGACAGAGACAGAAAUAGCUUCUUUAUUUUCUUUAGUAGAUUAUGAUCUCACAAAGGGAAGCUUGCAAAGGGAGCUUCCCAAUAAAAGUAUUGCAGAAAUCAGGGACCUUGUUAACGAAUUGAAGAUACAUUCAAACUUCAGCAACACUGAAUCUGUUUUAUUUAAAGAGGCAAUAGCUGAUAAUAGGUCAAUUGAAAGUAUAUUAGACCAGUUCCCUCUUAUGGAUAAAGAAGGAUGUAACAGAAGAUUAUUAAAAUUGAAUGAGUUACCGCAACAUAGAGAUACUGCAAGAAAAAGAUUAGAAGAGCUUGAAAAGCUAAUUCAAAAAGAGAUCACGCAAAUAAAGGAAUCCAUAAAUUUAACGCGCCUAAAGCAUUUACUUGUUACUGACCUUACAAGAAAUCAACUCAGAUCUCUGUUUCCUGGUGUUUCUAUGAAGCAUAUGAAGUCUGUUGCUAAAGAAAUAGGUUUUGAUGAAUCUGGUGAAUUUACAGCUGCGGAAGUGAACUUUUUAAAAAGUGCUCUCAAGGGAAAUACAAAAUUAAAGGCAAUCAUGGACGAGUUGCCUUUCAGGGGUCAAUUGUCAAUUGAAACUAAAAUAAACGAAAUAGAACCGGAUAGAAGGAGAACGGUUUUUACAAGUCAGGUUGAUGAAUUGUUAUAUAUGGCUAAGUGGUAUAGCUCAGAUAAUUUUGGUAAUUUGAGUCGUAGAAGAAAUUCACGUUAUGCAUCUGAAGUAGAGAAACAUAAAGAUCAAGCAGAUUAUUCAAAGAAGUCUAGUGAACUUAACUUAAAAAAAGAGGCUAUUGAGGAAAAAGUGGAACCGCGUGGCACAAGAGUUAUAAGGAAACACUUAGAUCCUAAAACAAGGGAAAAGCGAUUAAAGAAAGAAACUUUAGAUGGUAAAAGUAAAGAGCAAAAGCUCACCAAGUCAAAAAAGCCAAAUUCUAUGGUCCAAGUCUUGAAAGAGGAAUCAGCAUAUUUUCAAACUGUCACAGGUGAUAGAUGUGUACUCAAAGAAGGUCAAAAGAGAAAGCGCGAGAGACGACCCAUUAUUAAACCAGAGAAGAAAUUAAAAGGAUCAAAGAGUCAAAAUUCUAUUAAAGCGAACGGUGUAAGCAAAUCUAAAAACCCAGUGAAAAGUGAUGUAAAAAUUGAAAAGGUUAAAGAAAGAAAGAGUUCCAAGUCCUUAAAGGCAGGAAAACUUGACAGGUCAGAUAUUCUGAUUGGUCCCGAAAUUGAAAUGCCUUCAGCAAAAAAAAACAUUAAAAUUGAAAAGGAAGAAAGAAAGAGCCCUUACGAUCCAGAAGAUAUAUCUUCUGAUACUUUGAUUCCUCUAUAUGGGCGUCAACUAUAUGUGAAUGCAGUGUAUGAAGAUCAGCCAUGUCCGCCUAAGUUGUUAUUUACAGAAGAUGCAAACAUUAUGAUCCAAAAUUGCAGCGAAAUAUCUUUAACCGAUACUAUAGCAGCAGAUAUUAUUUCACAGCAUUGUAAAAAUUAUCGAGACAUGCCCAUUUCUUUUCCACCAUUAACGAUCAUGGAUAGAAAUGCGAAUAGUAUGAUACUCAAUCCAAUGAACAAAAUUAGAAUACGAUUUUUGCUUUAUCCUCAACACAGUGAGUUGUUUAUAUUAGCUGAGCCUAAAUCUAACGAGUUAGACCCUAUCAAUGAGAUUAAGAAGCUCUUUCAACUUCAUUACUCAUUAUUUUUUUCUCAUUCUUCAAAAUUGAAGAAAAUUAUUCUAAACGAAUACAACAAAGAAAUUGAUAGCUCUAUUGAGGAAAAUGAUUUUGUUAGAUUUAUGUUUGUAAUAGACAAAUGGAACCGUUUAAUGGUAGAGUUGACGCCCAAUGAUGUUGAUAUAGGUUCUCAUGAUAUUAACCAAGAAAUUAGGGCUUAUUUCCUGCCUAAUGAGAUCAAAAUUCCCACCGAUGAAGAUAUUCGCUUAGAUCUUUUCUUUUCAGAGAUUCAACUAACUGGUGAAGAAAAUACAAUGUCUGAUAAUGAUCCUAUAGAGCCACUGAGCCCUUCUUUUGAUUUAAUUAAAUGCAAGAAACCUCGUUUCAAAUAUAGUAUACCAAACCGCCUUACACCUCCUAUAUCUUCAGAAGAAGAUGACAAAGAAAAUGAGCCACCUACAGAGAAUCUUAAGGAUAGUAAUAGCAUUAAUAAUGCUAAUAAAGGCAUUAUUCCGUGUACCCCAGUUAAAUUCAGUACUAGAAAUAAAGUUGUUGUGAAUGCUGUGAGGCCCGAGAACUACGAAUUAAACUUCUUUCGUCAUCUCAGAGAAAAGACUAACGUUUCUAGAUUUUGUUUACAGCAAAUUCUUUUACGUAUAUAUUCGAGGAUUGUAUCGACAGAGUCAAGGAAGCUCAGAUCGUACAAGGCUUUUACAGCUGAGGUAUACGGUGAAUUAUUGCCCUCGUUUACUAGUGAAGUCCUAACUAAGGUAAACUUACAGCCACAUCAUAAAUUCUACGACCUAGGCUCUGGGGUAGGCAAUACCACGUUUCAAGCUGCUUUAGAGUUCGGGGUAUAUCUUAGUGGUGGUUGCGAGAUAAUGGAGCAUGCUUCCAAAUUGACUGAGUUACAGACUAUGUUACUUAAGAAGCAUUUAUCAUUGUUGGGAUUGAAAGAUUUACCAUUAAAUUUUGCACUCCUGCAAAGUUUUGUUGAUAAUGACAACGUUCGUCAAGCAGUUAUUGAAUGCGAUGUACUUCUUGUCAAUAACUACCUCUUCGAUGUUAAUUUGAAUACUGCUGUAGGGAGAAUGUUAUUUGGUUUAAAGCCUGGUACGAAGAUUAUAAGCUUGAGAAAUUUUAUAAGACCAAGAUAUAAGGCUUCAGGUGACAAAACAAUAUUUGAUUAUUUAAAAGUUGAAAGACAUGAGAUGAGCAAUUAUCUCUCAGUCAGCUGGACUGCAAACAAAGUGCCAUAUUAUAUUUCUACAGUGCAAGAAAAGAUUUGCGAUGAAUAUAUUUAA